CCAUCUGGUAGAACAUGCUCUUCCAGGUGAAUUCUGAGGGUCUUUCCAGAUAAAUUCCCCCUAAAAAGACGCUGGAGAGGCAGAUGUCGGUGACCAGAGGAGCUGUCCCCCCCACGGCCGGCCUGGGCCUGGGUCCCCCGUGGCACCGGGGAGCCGUCCUCAGGAGCAGGGCGUUGGUGCAGACCGAGCUUCACGGCGUCCCCCUGGAGGGAAGCAGGACCAGACCCCCGCUGAGGCUGCCGGCCCUGGUGGGGGCGACCCGGGGCCCCCGCAGGCGGAAAGGCAUGGCUCGACUCAGCUUCAGUGAACCGUCCCUCCUCCUCCCCAGCGAGAGCAUCCUGUUGGAGGGAUUCCCCAGCUGUCGUCGCUUCACUGUCUUACAGAAGCAACCUGCAUGUGCGUCCUCGUCCCCUCACUGCAAGACCUGCCGCCCGUCCCGGACUCAGGAGCAUCAGCCGACCCAGCAGCCCCAGGGCUGCAACAGACCGGCCCACGUCCACAUCUCCCAGCCCGUCCAGCCCAGGACCAGGCGACACUCGAGUUCAGAGAGGAUGUGCGCUGACCUGCACCGGGAGGAGCCUCUGUCUGUGGUGGGCCGGUCCUGCCUCCUGGGCUGCAGCCAGCGCCCGGCUCAAGCCCGCGCUCUGGCCCGGGCCCAGCUGCACGUCUUCCUGCCCAGCGAGGCCGAGGGAGAGGAGGCCGACUGGGAGUCGGUGGAUGAAGGCUUCAUGGACGAGCUGGACACCAAGAUAAGCUCCAUGAAGCUCCGACAAACAGCCCCAUAAACUGCUGCACAACCCUUGCAGACUAGCCAGGAUCCACUCUGAGAACCCCACUGCUCACCUGACUAGACCAACUCCAGUUCUCAAGCUUUUAGUGUUUGAUUCAAGGUGAUGAUGAACUUAUAUAUAUUUUUAUUUAAACUCAAAAAUCAUUGAGGACGAGCCCUCAUUUACAAUGACGUCGAGCAAAUACAAAAGUAAAAAACAAAAACAGAACAACACAAGAACAGUCAAUUAAACAAAUAUGAAGUUACAAUUAAUAAAUAAUGUAACAAUAAAAUAAGCUAAAACAGAUACAAACAGUGCUUAAAAGAUUUAAGAUCAGGGAUUUAAAAUGACCAAAAGAUACUAGUGAAUUGAUUUUUAGAGUGCUUUGUAAUGAGUUCCAGGUGGAUUGUGCAGAAAAGCUAAAGGCACAUCUCCCAAGCUCAGUAUAGACUUUGGGGGACUUGCAGUGUAAGCCAGUCAACUUGUUACAGUAAUGAAAGUCAUGCAGCGGUUUUUGAAGAGAGUCUCCUGCAGGCCUGCCAAGUCUGCAUGUUUUUAGGAUUCUUUUUAGGACAUGUUUUGCACUCAAAUACUGGUUCAUCUUCCCUUUUUUGUGCAACAAAAGCAAAGAAAGAGGAUGAAGAAUUAAUAAGCUUAGUAGAGUGAAUAAUGUUUUCUUUUUCAGAAAAGUGCAAAUUUCUUUAGUUUAGUAGUUUUGGUCCCCAGAUGUACAAAUCAUCAGAAUCAGCUUUAUUGGCCAAGUAUGAACAUGCCAGACAGGGAAUUUGACUCACUCACUUAUUUUGCUCACUGAACCCAGGUUUAAAUAGUAGCAAACAGUAAUAGACAAAUGGCUCUUAUUAACAUGCAUGGAUCCACAUAGAUGCUCAAACAUCGUAGCUGUUUGUGUAGACGACCCUGAAGACGACUGCAGUCUUCCUGUGCUGAAGCAUGCUGUUUUUUAUCAUUUUGAUAUAAAACUAUAACUUCAAUCAGAUUCACUGUGACGAGAAUCAAAGACAUGACUGGAGGAGACACUUUUCCUUAAAUAGACCUGCAAUAAAAUCAAAAUUAAUAAAAUGUAGGCCACUUGUAUA